GUCCGCCGGAAGUGUGCGAGGAGUUCCGGGAAACAGGCGGCCUCCGCUUUCUGGUAUCCUGAGCUGGCGAGUUGAGUGCUUGUGUUUCGCGCUGGAGUAUCUGCGCCGCCGCGGGGAAUCAUGGUGUUCUACUUUACCAGCAACAGCGUUAACUCAUCUGCUUACACUAUUUACAUGGGAAAGGAUAAAUAUGAAAAUGAAGAUCUAAUAAAGCAUGGCUGGCCUGAAGAUAUUUGGUUUCAUGUGGACAAACUCUCUUCGGCUCAUGUAUACCUUCGAUUACAUAAGGGGGAGAAGAUAGAAGACAUACCAAAGGAAGUCCUGAUGGACUGUGCCCAUCUUGUGAAGGCCAAUAGCAUUCAAGGCUGCAAGAUGAACAACGUUAAUGUGGUAUAUACACCGUGGUCUAACCUGAAGAAAACAGCCGACAUGGAUGUGGGACAGAUAGGCUUUCACAGGCAGAAGGAUGUGAAAAUUGUGACCGUGGAGAAGAAAGUGAAUGAGAUCCUGAACCGAUUAGAAAAGACCAAAAUGGAGCGGUUCCCAGACCUCGCGGCAGAGAAGGAAUGCAGAGACCGAGAAGAGAGGAAUGAGAAAAAAGCCCAAAUUCAGGAAAUGAAAAGGAGAGAGAAGGAAGAGAUGAAGAAGAAGCGGGAAAUGGACGAACUUAGGAGCUAUUCAUCACUAAUGAAAGUUGAGAAUAUGUCUUCAAAUCAGGACGGCAAUGAUUCAGAUGAAUUCAUGUGAAUGGAGGAAAGGACCUUUGAAAGAUGUGAAUUUCGGGACAAUUGCAGACGGUUUGAUUUCAUCUGUGUUUGGAGUUAUAAAAAAAAACAACUAAAAUUCUACCUUCAUUCUACACAAAUAUUACCAGCGUUGGAGUUUAAAAAACAAAAAAAGUGUUCCCUUUUUUGCCGACGGAAAAGGAUCAGAUAUUUAUAAUAUAUUUGGACUUGAAAAACAGCAUAUAACUUUAGGAAAGUGAAAAUAUUUUUGCUGAAACAUGUCUUGGUACCUCAUGAUAGUUGGCUGCCCUUGUUCUUGGGAUAGACUUUAGAACAGACCAGCUCUGAGAAGUAUUUGUUACUGUGGUCUGUCCCUGAGAACAGAUGUCUUGAGAAGCUUUUUCAUAUUCUUAAAAUAGCUUCACUUCUGUUAAGAAGAAUGUAUCAGUGAGCAAUGUAUGCGAACGUUGCCCUUGGCCCCGAUUUCCUGAGUAGAACAAGAAAGCUUACGGGUUUUGAUGGUAAUAGUGGUAUUUUCAGAAGAUUGCCGGCUUCAGUAUUCCCGUCCCAUGGUGUCGUGUGAGUCUGUUAGCAGCGUUGUCCUCAGCUCUCCCCUUGUCCUGGCUUCCACCUUCCGCGUCCUUUCCCUGAGCAAGGGCCUCCCCUGCUAGUUACCAUCGUGCUUAGAGAAGUAGUCCGUGUUAGUCAUGGUUGGGCACGCGGCAGUGUUUACCUGAGUGCCGAGUCCCAAGCCACAUACGUGACGACUUCCAGGCUCUGGAGCUGUUGCUCAGCGCUGAGGGGAGAAAUAGGAAGGCAUGAUCUGAAUGAUUUUGAGGAUGUCAGGCUACCUGAUUUUUGUCUUGGGAUGCACUUGCAGAAAGCAAACAUCCCGUGCUGGGGUUAUGAUCUUAGAAGGAAGCAUUUCACCAGCCAGCCAAGUAAUUAGUUUAUUUACCUUGAGACAAUAUUUACUUUGAGUUGUAUCUCCAGAGUUCAGAUUUCUCAGUUGUAGGCCCAGUAACUUAAUAUGUAACAGGACUACUCAUCUGAACCACUUACUCUCCAGUGGGAUUCUGAAUAGAAGGUAUAUUUUUGUUGCAAUCCCGGUAGGAAGCAACAAAACAAAACAAGUGAAAGGAGAAGAGAACAAAGCCCGCAGGUCAGGAGGCGCACACAUUCACAUUUUAGCCACACCCAGAAUUCUACACGCAGCUUUAUUCUUCCUAACUGUAUUCUAACCUGGUGAGAGUUAUCCUGUCAGAGCACUUUGGAACUGUGGGUAAAACUAAACGACCUCAGUGUUUCUAUUUAUCCCAAGUCGGUGUGUGGGGCGGAACUGGAAAAUUUCCCUGAGGCAUAACUUGGCCAGAUUUUGAAGAGGGGAUAUGGGAGAUUUUUCCCAUAUGAUGACUCCAGAAAUUAGUGAUUUUUUGUGUGUGGGUGUGUGUGUGAGAUAACAUUCAGCCUGGAGUUCUGUGAUUUUAGAAAUGUAAAAAUAAAGAAUCAUUUUUUUAUU